ACUACACGGAUUAAUAACAACAUGGAUAAGCUUGUGUAUAUGAGUGGAUUUGGAAAUGAGUUUUCUAGUGAGGACCCCAGGUGUCCAGGGUCACUACCUGUAGGACAGAACAAUCCCCAGAAAUGUCCGUACGGACUUUAUGCAGAGCAAUUGUCAGGGAGUGCCUUCACGGCUCCAAGGGAAACCAACAAAAGAAGCUGGUUGUACAGAAUCCGACCCUCUGUUUUACAUCAACCUUUCAAGAAGAUGGAGCGAGGAUUGAUCACACACAACUGGGAUGAAAUUGACCCAAAUCCAAAUCAGAUGAGAUGGCAUCCAUUUGACUUACCAAAGAAGAAAUUGGACUUUGUCCAAGGAUUGACAACCAUCUGUGGUGCUGGGGAGCCAAGAACAAGACACGGUGUAUCUGUAUAUAUAUUCACCUGUAAUACCUCAAUGUCAGACAGUUGCCUGUACAAUUCAGAUGGGGACUUUCUUAUAGUGCCACAACAAGGUCCUCUACUAAUUACCACAGAGUUUGGGAAAAUGAAAGUAGAUCCCAAUGAAAUAUGUGUCAUACAGCAAGGCAUGCGUUUCAAAGUGGAUGUUGAGGGACCCACAAGGGGGUACAUUUUGGAGGUUUUGGAUGGUCACUUUACUCUCCCUAACCUGGGGCCCAUAGGAGCUAAUGGACUCGCUAACCCUCGGGAUUUCCAGACACCUGUUGCCUGCUACGAAGAUAAGGAAGUCAAGGAAUUCACAGUCAUCAGCAAAUACCAAGGUCACCUGUUCUCAGCUCAACAGACUCAUUCCCCUUUUGAUGUGGUGGCCUGGCAUGGGAAUUAUACACCCUACAAAUACGCCCUCAGUAACUUUGUCACAGUCAACACAGUGUCAGUAGAUCACAUGGAUCCCUCCAUUUUCACUGUGCUGACCUGUCAAUCCACUAAGCCAGGCGUGGCCAUCGCUGAUUUUGUCAUUUUUCCUCCACGAUGGGGAGUGGCAGACAGAACUUUCCGACCACCCUACUACCACAGAAACUGUAUGAGUGAAUUCAUGGGUCUUAUUUAUGGAUCGUAUGAGGCAAAGGAGGAGGGCUUUCGUCCAGGUGGCGCCACGCUCCACAGCAUGAUGACCCCACACGGUCCAGAUGCAGACUGUUAUGAGAAAGCCUCCAGCUGUGAUCUCAAACCUCAGAGGGUCGCUGAGGGGACAAUGGCUUUCAUGUUUGAGUCAUCACUCAGCAUGGCAGUAACAAAAUGGGCCAAUGAAAACAAAGUGGAUGACAAAUACUUCAGCUGCUGGCAGCCAAUCAAAAAGCACUUCACUGGUAAAGUGGGUCGGGACAAAACAGCUGAUGUGGAUGGCCCAAGCCAAGGAAAGAAGAAAAAGACACACUGAUCUGAGGGGAAGGGGGAAGGGGUGAGAUUUGGAAGGGGGGUCAGUACUGAGGGUUUCAAUGAAAUAUCCAGGAGGAUGAAGCCAGUGAGAAGUGAUAUCCAGGGGGAUGAGUGAUUUAUUUGUGAGAAGUCUUUUUUUUUUCAUUGUACAAAAAUUGUUGUGCUGAAGAAUUGACAUUGUGGCCAUAUUUAAUAAUCUUUGUAUUUACAUAGAUGAAUCUCAGAAGUUUUUUUAUACUGACAAACAAGUCAGCAUAUGUACACAUCAACUUUAUAAACGUGUCAUGCAAACCACAUGCAGUAAUUAAUAUUGCAUUCUGGUAGAAGUAUUCACCACACAUAAAUAUUUUAUAUCUGCUUGGGGAUUAUUUUUUUCUUUGUUAUUUUUUUUAUUUUGCUUUUUGUUUUAGAUAAUUUUUAAUGUUUUCUUUUUAAUUUAACUUAAAUGGAAAAACAGUCAUUCAUAUAUUAUAUUGAACAGCUAAACUGUAUUUUUCAAUUUCAAUUCAGUUUAUUCACUCAAAAACCAUGCAAAUGAUACAUGAGGUACAUAAACAUAUAAAACAUAUAUACAUAUAGUGGGUCAGCAAAAGGUGAGAUUAAUUCAGCUAGCUAGGGAGAAAAGACCAUAUUAUUAUACCUCUGUGAUUUUUUUCUAUAUAAAAAAUAUGACAAAUAAACCUGCUAUUUUUUUCCAAACAACCCCUACUGUGGAAUAGUUUUUGUGCUAUUUGCCCAUGGUGAAAUAGUCAAUAAACUAUUCACCGGCAGUAUUCCAUUUCCCUCACUUUUCAUCUCAAAACUAUCUGGUUUGUGGUAUUGUGACGUAUCCGGUUUGUGACGUAACAAAAAUAGUAUAGUUGGCUUUGGUAUAAUAAAACACCUAUUUACUGACUAUUCAGACAAUAGCAAGUUUAACGUCCCCCUCGAAAGCAACUUAUUUCCCUCGGCUGCGCCUCGGGAAAUAAUUGCUGUCUUGGGGGACGAUAAACUUGCUAUUGUCCUCAUAGCCAGUAAAUAGGUUUAUACUAUUAAUCUUAGUUAGUAAUAAAUGUACAUAAUUUUUUAAAAAAAUCAACAUCAUUUUGACACAUAACUUCACAAAACUUCAUAGUGUUUGGCUUAGAACAAUUUUUGUGAUCCACAACUUGAUUGGCAUUGGUUCUGGUACAUCUUACAAUAUUUUGUUGUUGUCUAUAUGUGCCUGUCUCUGCUUUCUAUUUAUAACCUUAUGUACCCCAGUGUUUUGUUACAGAUCAAUUUUAAGAAUUUGUUCAA